UGUUUUUUUUCCACGUGUGGAUCCAUGGAGAUUGGCGCUUGAAAGAUCAGUUGCAACGUCUUAGAAAAUAUGAAGUUUUCGUACAAGUUUUCAAACCUAUUAGGGGCAUUUUAUCGCAAAGGGAACCUAUCUUUCUCCAAAAAUGGGGAUUCUGUCAUCAGUCCUGUAGGUAACCGCAUCUCCGUCUUUGAUCUGAAAAAUAACAAAUCAGAAACCUUACCGGUGUCCACCUCAAAGAACAUUGCCUGUUUUGACAUCUCUCCAGACGGAAAUCUUGCUAUACUCAUAGAUGAAGAUGGAGCGGCAAUACUGGUUAGCUUGGUCACUCGAGCAGUACUUCACCAUCAUCACUUCCAUAAUCCUGUUCACAAUGUUUCCUUCUCUCCUGAUGGAAGGAAGUUUGUGGUAACAAAGGAAAAUGUGGCUCUAAUGUAUCAUGCACCUGGAAGAAACAAAGAAUUUAAUGCAUUUGCAUUAAACAAGAGUUUUUAUGGACCAUUUGAUGAGAUGACUUGUAUUGACUGGACAGAUGAUUCGAAGUGCUUUGCUGUUGGAAGUAAGGACAUGACUACCUGGAUCUUUGGGGCAGAAAGAUGGGCAAAUCUCAUCUUACUGACUCACUACGGUGGUCAUAAGGACAUCAUAGUGGGCUGUUUUUUUGAAAAGAGACAGCUUGGAUACCAUGUUGCUAAAAUCGCUCCAAAUUAA